AUGAGGCAACUCUUGAUUGUUGCAAUUCUGCUGUUCCAGAAAACCGCAGUUAUUGAACAACUUCAAAAAUGCUGGAAUAACUAUGUGCAAGGACACUGCAGAAAAAUCUGUAAAAUUACUGAAAUGCGUGAGACCUGUGGAAAUGGGAGAUAGUGUUUCCUCCGUAUCAAGGAAGCAAAGAGGCGUAAAAAAGUGACAAGGCCGCCUCGCCCACAGCUAAUGAUAUGUUCAUCAGUCCUGGGUUUCAUUAUAUGA